AUGGCGUCCGAGAACCCCACGGAGACCCCCCAGGCCGGGGGUUCCCUGGAGGACCGCAUCUCCAAGCCCGAAGAAUCGAAGCCUACCGGUACGAACGAGACCGCGCCCCGCGUCGUUGUCGCCUCGGUUUCUCGCGAUCUGGGAAACUACUCCCCCGAGAAGCCUAGCCCGGAUGGCGCAGGAGCUGAGCUGCGCGGCUCGGAGCUGCAGGAGCCCGAGUACACGGUCGAAGUGAAGCUUAGUGAUCUCCAGGCGGAUCCCAACAACCCUUUGUUUUCGGCGAAGACCUUUGAGGAGCUUGGUCUGGAUGAGCGCAUUCUCAAGGGCUUGUCCACCAUGGGCUUCCGCAAGCCGUCCAAGGUCCAGGAGCGUGCUCUGCCCCUGCUGAUGGGCAACCCUCCGAAGAACCUUGUCGGUCAAUCGCAGUCGGGUACCGGCAAGACCGCCGCCUUCGUCCUGAACAUCUUGAGUCGCAUGGACCUCACCUCCGAGCAAUCGCAGAAGACCCCCCAGGCCCUGAUCCUGGCGCCGACUCGUGAACUGGCCCGCCAGAUUGUUGGUGUGAUUCAGGUUAUGGGCCAGUUCCUCGAUGGACUGGUCAUUGGCACCGCCGUGCCCGCCGACACUGCUACUCGUCCCGCCCGGAUGGACUGCUCGAUUGUGGUCGGCACCCCGGGUACUGUUCAGGACAUGAUCAAGAAGCGCAUCCUCAACCCGACCCAGCUGAAGGUGCUUGUGCUCGAUGAGGCCGAUAACAUGCUCGACCAGCAGGGUCUGGGCGACCAGUGCAUCCGCGUCAAGGCCAUGCUUCCCCGCACUAUCCAGGUUGUCCUGUUUUCUGCCACUUUCCCCACUCAUGUGCACCGCUACGCGGAGAAGUUCGCUCCGUCGGCGAACGAGAUCACCCUGCAGCAUGAAGAGUUGACUGUGGAGGGUAUCAAGCAGCUGUACAUGGACUGCAGCAAUGAUGAGGAGAAGUACAUGAAUCUUGUGCAGCUCUACGGACUGCUUACUGUCGGGUCAUCGAUCAUUUUCGUCAAGACUCGUGCCUCCGCUGCGGAGAUUGAGAGACGCAUGGUUGCUGAAGGCCACACGGUUGCGUCUCUGACCGGUGGUAUCGAGGGCUCUCAGCGUGACGCUGUCAUCGACGCCUUCCGCAGCGGUGAGGCGAAGGUCCUCAUCACCACCAAUGUCCUUGCCCGUGGAAUUGAUGUGUCUACUGUGUCCCUGGUUGUCAACUACGACGUUCCCGAGGCUUUCACCCCUGGUUCGCGCUCGCGUGAACCCGACUACCAGACCUACCUUCACCGUAUCGGUCGUACCGGCCGUUUCGGACGCAUUGGUGUUGCCAUAUCGUUCGUGUCGAGCCGCGAUGAGUGGGAAAUGCUCCGCAAGAUCCAGCAGCACUUCUCCUGCAACAUCGAGCGCGUUGAUACCAAUGACUGGGAUGAGGUCGAGAGCAUCAUCAAGAAGACGAUCAAGAACACUCGGGCCCAGGCGAACUUUGUUGCCAGCAGCUGA